GUAGCAAAGUACCUUAUGAAGAUGAAGAAGAAUACUCUCCGAAACGGAGAAUGAGGAGCAUUUAGAUGAUAGAAAAGAAAGUGUUAAAGUACUUCCCGCUCAAUCUACACCCCGUUAACAUCCUUACACGUGCUCCAUCACUUCUUGGUUGCUUCUUCACCGACACAAAUACUCCAUCCGGUCUCAUAUAUAUAUAUAUAUAUACUAGAUACAUAACUUUUUUAAUGAAUCUAAAAAGUUAAUUUUUGCUUAUAUAUGAAACCAAGGAAGUAAUAAUAAGCAAAUAAUAUUCCAAAGACCAAGACUUUUCAUUGGUCAAAGUCUACCACACAAUAAUACUACCCGCCGUCCUUUUUAUAAUAAACAGAUGAUUUUCUAGGUUCAUUGAAUAACUAAUAUGUUGCACGCAAACGAGCACUUGCAAUAUAGAUCAAAUACACAAUGAACCUAAAAAGUGAGUUGUUUCUUAUAAAAAAGAACCGGGUGAAGUAAUUUCUGGUAGUUGUUUUUGUCAAAUAAUAAUUGUUGUUUUUAUCUCCAGUCCACCACACAAGCCUCUAAUAGAAAGUGAAGUAGUUUCUUGUAAACUAAACACAACUUCACUAUUCAAAGUGUUUGAUACUUAAAAUCUAAUCACCAAAACAGACACUUGAACUUGCUUGAAUUGCCAAAAAUUGCUUGUAUGAGCCAACCUGAUUGAUGACAACAUUGUAAUGAAAUGGCAGAAGCUGUAGUGUCAUUUGUUUUGAAAAAAAUUUGUGAAUCUGUAGUACAAGAAAGCAGUUUACUGACAGAGGUUGAGAGAGACUUCAACGACAUCAAGGAUGACCUUGUGAGCAUCCAAGCCUUCCUCAAGAAUGCAGACACAAAGGCUGCUGCUAAUGAAGGAGUCCAAACUUGGGUGAAGCAACUAAGAGAAGCAUCUUUUCGCAUAGAAGAUGUCAUUGAUGAGUAUAUCAUGCAUGAGGCACAAAAGAUCAACCAGUCUAGAUCCAUAGCCACACUCCAAAUGAUUCCUAACAUGAUCUGGCGCUACCAGAUUGCUCGUGAGAUUCAAGACAUCAAGUCAUCACUUGGUAAAAUCAAACAAAAAAAUACAAAGUUUGAGUUUCGGUCUGAAAGUGGAUCAGGAAGAUCUCGAGGGUUUAAAGCUCCUAGAAUUGGUGACCCUCGACUGGAUCCUUAUUUCAUUGAAGAGACUCAAGUUGUAGGGUUUGAGGAUCCAAGAGAUGAAUUGGUGAGUUGGUUGGUAGAGGAAACCGAUGAUCUCUUGUUGAUUUCUGUUGUAGGCAUGGGAGGACUCGGGAAAACCACUCUCGCUAAGCAUGUUUUUGACAACCAGUUAGUGAAAGAUCAAUUUCAUUACCGCUCUUUCAUUACGGUUUCUCAAUCCUACAACAUGAGGGAGUUGUUGAGAUAUAUGAUAAAGAAAUUUUGCAAGGACAACAAUGAGCCUAUUCCAAAGGGUCUGCAAAAGAUGGACGAUGUAAAUUUUAUUACUCAAGUGAAACAAUACCUUGAGUCAAAAAAGUACUUGGUUGUAUUUGAUGAUGUAUGGGAAGAAAAAAUUUCUGAUGAGAUUAAAGAUGCCUUAGGUAGUAAUAUCAAAGGAAGUAGAAUCAUUGUGACCACUAGAAAAAUGCCUAUAGCAGACUAUUUUAAGAAGUCGUUUCUUGUUCGUGUUCACAAGCUACAACCUUUGUCUAUAGAGAAAGCAUCGGAACUUUUCUGCAACAAGGCAUUUAGAUCUAAGCCUGGAAAGCAGUGUCCAACAGAACUUAAGGAAUUGUCCGAUGAAAUUGUUCAAAAAUGUGAAGGGCUACCACUAGCAAUUGUGGCCAUUGGAGGUCUUUUGUCAACAAAAGAUGAAGACAUGUUUGAGUGGAGAACGGUGAUUCAAAAUCUCAGAAUGGAGUUAGCGCGCAAUGUCCAUUUGGCCGUUCUAGACAAGAUUUUAUCUCUUAGUUAUGAUGAUUUGCCUUACCAUUUGAAAUCAUGCAUGCUAUAUUUUGGUAUAUAUCCUGAGGACUACAUCAUCAAUCGGAAGAGACUUACAAGGCAAUGGAUGGCUGAAGGGUUUGUUAAGAAUGAGGAGCAAAGACCAUUGGAGGAAGUUUCUGAAGAGUACCUGACAGAGUUAAUACAGAGAAGUUUGGUUAAUGUCUCCGCAGUUGGUUUUGAUGGAAAAGUCAGAAGUUGCAAAAUUCAUGAUGUGUUGCGUGAAGUGAUCAUUAGAAAGAUGAAAGAUUUAAGUUUUUGUCAUUUAAUGAAUAAAGACGAUGAACAAGUGACUAUUGGAGUAACUCGACGCUUUUCUAUAGCAGCUUUCUCCAACAGUGACUUGGAGAACUCAGGAACGCGUGCUAUCAUUGUGUUUGACAAAGGUGACUUGCCUGAACAUUUCAUGGAUGGAUUAUCUUCCAAGUUCAAGCUUUUGAAAGUACUUGAUUUUCAGAAUUCUUUGUUGAAUUCCCUUCCUGAUAACAUGGGGAAUCUUUUCCACCUCAGGUACUUGAACCUAAGUCAUACAAAAGUUACAAUUCUUCCGAGAUCCAUCGGUAAUCUAGUCAACUUAGAAACCUUGGAUCUAAGGCAAACUAAAGUUCAUGAGUUACCAAAAGAGAUAAACAACCUCACCAAGCUAAGGCUUCUUCCGGUUUAUUAUAGAAGAUAUGAAGGUCAUUAUGAUAUGUUGAACUUUACAACUGGUGUGCAACUGCAAGAGGGUAUUGGAUGCUUGAAGUCAUUACAGAAGCUUUACUUUUUGGAAGCAGAUCAUGGUGGAGUAGACCUUUUCCGAGAGCUCAAAAUGUUGACACAGUUAAGAAAGUUAGGCAUAAGACGCGUGCAACAACAAUAUGGAAAUGCAUUAUGUGCUGUAAUACAAGAGAUGAAAAAUCUGGAAUCUCUUAACAUUACUAUUAUAGCUGAGAAUGAAACCCUUGACUUGGAUUUUUUAUCAACUCCUCCACCUAAUCUUAGAGUUCUCAACUUGAAAAGUAGAUUAGCAAAGUUGCCUGAUUGGAUUCCAAAUCUCAAGUAUCUUGUGAAGCUAAGACUCGGCUUAUCUAACUUCAAAUAUGAUCCACUAGACUCUUUGAAGAAGUUGCCAAAUUUGUUGAGGCUGAAUUUGUGGGAUAAUGCCUUUUCUGGUGAAAGUUUACAUUUUCAAGUUGGAGGGUUUCCUAAGCUGAAGGAGUUGGAUCUCACAAGGUUAAAUAGACUAAGUUCUAUAACCAUAGAUGAAGAAGCUUUACUUGGUCUUGAACACUUCAGAUUUAAAAACAACCCUCAAUUGAAGGUGUUACCACAAGACUUCAAAAACUUGAAAAACCUUCAAUUCCUUGGAUUUGCUGAGAUGCCAGCUGAAUUAGUUGAUAGCAUAGAGGAAGGUGGACCUUGCCAUGGAAUUAUCAAUCAUAUUCCCGUUGUUCAAAUUCGUCAAAAUGAAGGAUCAAGAUUUCAUGACUAUAAGUUGUACCGCAUUCGAACUCAACUCAAUGUCUGAAAUAUAAAGAAGAUAAAAUUCUCCAUGAGAUGCACUUUGUCAAAUGGUUCUGGUUUUCGUUUUUCUGUUUUAUGUCAUUUGUGAUGUCGUUUGCUCUGUACUCUUUUUUCCUUCAUCAGGUUUUAUUCUCCUGGUAAGGUUUUUAACGAGGCAGAUGUUGUUUAUGUUCUUGGUUGUGUAUUUUGGGUUUUGGCCUAGUCCCCCCAAUAUUUGUAAUUUCUCAUUUUUUUACUUUGAAUAAAGUCAUGGAGGAUUCUGAAA